AUGAACCCCACUCCUGUGCUACUUUGCCCAGGGCUUUACGACGCGGACGAAAGUUUGCGAGACGUUGCAAGGUUUCAAGAUUCCGAGGAAGUGCCACAAGGAUUGAAAAUCUACAGCAUAAAUUCGUCACCCAUAGCUUAUCUUCCUCCAGAGCUUCUGAGCAAAAUCUUUUUGCUUUAUCAAAGAAGCAUUCAAGGGCCGGAGACAGACCUAUACGAGCAGACGUGCAUCGACCAUCCAAAGCCCCCAAGGGACUACCUCAUGCCACUAGAGUGGAUAAAGCUGAUACACGUUUCGAAGAGAUGGAGAGAAGUAGGCAAAAAUCUAAAGGAGCUCUGGUCCCAUUUCUCUUUCAGGUACUUUUUGCUGGAAAGAGACCUGAUAAUGGCACGCUCAGAUGGACGAAACCUUGUCUUCCGCGACUCCAUCGGAGAUGAAAGCAUAGCACUGUGCGGCCUUUUCUUCUACGAACACUUACAUCGUCUCAGGGAGAUCGAUGUUUCUGGAUACGAUAUUCUGUCCCGGGUACUUAAUCCUCACGUCAUUCCUGCAACAACUUUGCCGUCUAAUUUGUGUUGUCUGCGACUUGCUUGUUCGGUCUCUGGUUUAUCCGCUCUUGCGGAUGUUGACCUUCUUGCAGCAUUUCUAUCUCGUACGCCGGAUCUGAAAGUCCUUGAAAUUGAUUUUCCUCUUAAAUGGAAUGCUCCUGAUCUCAAACUGGCUGGUUUGACUCACCUCAAAAUCAUGCAUGGCGACCAUAUCAGCAAACCAUUGGCUUCAGAAUUCUUUCAGGCUAUUGCCUCUUUAGAAACCUUACAACUUCUGCAUCUAGUAGGAGAUGCUCUUCCACGUCGCGUUGGCGACCCCCCUGUGGCAUUUUCUCACUUGGAACGUCAACGGACCUGUCUUGCCGACACGUUGCGCGUUCUUAUACUUGACUCUGGUGUUGAUUCUCUCCACUUCUUGCUGGACAACAUUACCGUCCCACAGAAGACUCAGAUUCGGCUUAGGAGCUCUAGAUGUCCAGAGCGUACCAACAUACCAUAUCUGGUAAUGAUCAUCUCGCGCCUCAAGCAUAUCUGUUGGCCAUUCAAUACACUUCUACUGGAUGCCGAGCUUAGUAUCCACACCAUGGUAAUGGAAUUCUCUAGUCGUCAAUUUCUCAACCAUGAUGGUUCAGGGAGUGUCUAUGCCCAUUCCCUGAAGCUCCAAAUAUACGCUGACACGCCAAUUACUUGUCCGAAAUUCGCAUCCGAUAAUGAUCCAGUGAACAUGAACGAUAGUCUGAUAAACAUUGAACUUCCAUGGUUUCCAUACAAUAAGCCUUUGGAAAGCGUUUGCCGGGAUGCACCCGCCUUUCUUUCUGACAUAUGCCAUAUCUUUCAACGCCACAUGAGACUGUCUGUAUUGACUCUGCGAGUUCGGGACGACGGAAACAUCUCAAGUUUGUUCACAGUCGGGGACACGUAUUUUCUCGAUGUUUUCGGGCAGCAGCCUCUGUUACAAAAACUGUAUACGAAUCCACCCGUGUUGGAGUCUCUUUUGCGGAACUUGAGUCCACCGAUAGAUGAAGCUCAGGUCAAGAGGAAGAGAAUGGCGGCCGAAUCUCCUCCGACUUCCUUGUUCCCGCAGCUCUGUUUCCUCCAUGUGUCAAAUAAUUACCGGACAUGUAUAUCAGACCAGGCCUUUUGUGCCAGUCUAGCCAGGAGAGCAAAAUUCUGCCAGGCAUUGGACACUUUGUCGAUUUCAAGCCCCUCAAACCUUAAAGGGCCCUACAGCAGUGCGGCACUUCUCCAGAAACAGGUUAGCAAUCUAAUUCUUAGGCCUCAUUGA